AUGGCAGUGCAGAAGGAACUGCUGUACGUGCUUGUCACAGACCAGGGAUUUCUUACAGAAGAAAACAUUGUCUGGGAAAGUUUACACAAUGUGGAUGGAGAUGGAAACUUUUGUGAUUCAGAUUUCCACUUAAGACCUCCAUCCGAUCCAGAGACUGUAUACCAAGGGCAGCAAGAUCAAAUUGAUCAGGAUUAUCUGAUGGCACUAUCACUACAACAGGAACAGCAGAACCAAGAUAUCGACUGGGAGCAAAUACCAGAAGGCAUCAGUGACCUGGAGCUGGCCAAAAAACUUCAGGAGGAAGAGGACAGGAGAGCCUCACAGUAUUAUCAGGAACAGGAGCAGGCAGAAGCUUCUGCUCCUCCACAGCCAAGACAGCAGCCUCAAGCAAGUGCCAGUCCGUCCAGUGGGCGACCAUCAGGGAGCAGUGAGAAAAAGAAGAAAGAGUCCAAAGAGAAGGAAAAAGAGAAGAACACAUGUACACUCUUGUAAUGGAGCUAGAUGUCUUUUUAACAGUACGUCAUGACAGUGGGUCCAGGAAAAAAGGAGACAACGGUUACAAGCCAUCUGUGCCUGAAAACCCCCCGCUGUGCUUCAGUUUGUUAGGGGGGAUUUGUUAUAGACUUGGUACACUCAUUACUUUUUUUUAUUUGGAGUAGUGUGGUGAAACCAUGUGUCCGUGUUACAAUGUGUGGAGCAAAAGCACUAACGACAUUGUCUAUGUUUUGUUUUGUAUCUGUUUGGCUUUCUUGAUAUUAAGCCAUAAUAAAUUAGCCCAACUUUUUAUACCCAUGGGAAAGAAAAAAGGUUACCAUUCUGGACUUGGGAAAUAUUGUAAAUAACAGCAGGUCGUUGAAGGAAAUCUAGAAUAAAAGCAUGCCCCAGCAUGCUGUGUGUCUCCCAAGUGCUGGCCUUACUACCCUUAUCCUGGGACUUGCGCUGUUUCCCCACAAGUUUCAAGUAAAACCCAUCUUAUGUAUUUGCCCCUGUACAUAUAAAUCAAUUUAGACUUUUGCUCAGUGUAAUUAAGGGAUUAUUUACUAUUUCACUGUGUCAUAACCUGGGCAUUCUACCCAAAAUAUCAGGUUUUAAUACUUUGUGACUGAGUACACUUUUUUAAUAUUUAGGACCAGUCUUUUUUGUAUACAAUGUUCUGUAUGUGAUAUAAUGGUAGCAUAAGGAGCUUAGGUUGCAUCUAGCCAAUGAGGUUACGUAAGGUAAACACCUUUUAAACCAAUAAAUGAAAGACUGUUACAUACUGCAGUAAGCACCGCUUGGUGUUGCAGCUCGGAUGGGCCAUUUUUUAAUGAAGACUGAACCAAGCUGUCAUUUUAAUUUUGUGUGACUUGUUAUACUUGUAGUGGUUCUGUAAGGCUGGAAGAGUGGCUGAAAGAAGAAUGAUUAAUGUUGGUAUGUAUUUAUAUCGCCUGUAAAGCUUGUGUGGUCUUAUUCCACAUGUUUUAUGACUGUAGACAAUCAGUGUCUGCUCCAGUUAUUCACAUGUUUUGUGUUUUCUCACACUACUAGUAUAGAUUAGUUACAGGUAGCUGUCUAAUUAUGGGAGGACUUGUCCUAUAGACAAAUUCCCA